AUGGCAACACAUGUGCAAAAUGGAAGCUCUUCGACCUCAGUCCUCGAGGUAGAGCUAGAACCAGUCUAUAUGUCAACUCCUUUACCGAAGCAAGAUGAUACCAAUGUCCUAGCCCGUGGACCGAGCCAACAGGCGAAUAGCAAUGACGGCAAUACUACUCCAAGGCAGGAUACGAGCUCGCUACCACCUCCGAGCACGACUACAGACGUUGUGCAGAGAUGGAAUUACCCUCGGAAGAAUAUCCCACGGGUUGCUUCGUGCUUUUGGUCGUUUGUCGUUAUGGGCGCUAAUGACGCUGCUUACGGUCCUCUCAUUCCAUAUAUUCAAGCACACUAUGAUCUUACGUAUCUGAUUGUAUCGCUUAUUUUUCUGUCACCUUUCGUAGGAUACACAGCAGCAGCCUUCCUGAACAAUAUCAUCCACCUUAGGGUAGGUCAAAGGGGCGUUGCCUUCAUCUCCUCGGGGUGCCAUCUGCUGGCCUACAUAAUCAUUGCUGUCCAUCCACCUUACCCAGUCUUGGUGAUUACGUUUAUUAUUGCGGGCUUCGGAAACGGCAUUGCGGAUGCCGCUUGGAAUGCGUGGAUCGGUAACAUGGCUCGCGCGAAUGAGAUGCUUGGUAUUCUGCACGGCCUCUACGGGGUCGGUGCUGUUCUUAGUCCGCUAAUUGCCACGACUAUGAUUACCAAGGGUAACUUGCCCUGGUAUACUUUCUACUACCUUAUGAUCGGAAUAGCUGGGCUUGAGGUAGCUGCUUCGGUCAGCUGUUUCUGGAAGGCAACAGGACGCGAGUACAGGGAAUCUCUAACGAAGCAUUCUGAAUCGUCUCAAGGUAGUCUUAAGGAAGCUCUGUUCAAGCAGCCUGCAGCUCGUGUCACUUGGCUUUGCUCCCUGUUCCUACUUGGUUAUGUCGGUCUCGAGGUCUCCCUGGGAGGUUGGAUCGUCGAGUUUAUGAUUCAAGUAAGAAACGGCGAACCCUUCGCUAGUGGUAUGACGGCCACCGGGUUCUGGCUCGGCUUGACGAUCGGGCGUGUGAUCUUAGGGUUCAUAACACCGAGAAUAGGAGAGAAGCGCGCGAUCAUGAUAUACCUCCCUAUAACGAUGGGCCUCGAACUCAUUUUCUGGCUCGUCCCCCAGUUCUAUGUUUCAGCCGUCGCUGUAGGACUUCAGGGAUUUUUCAUUGGGCCUCUGUUCCCUGCUGCGAUCGUCGCCGUAUCCAAGUUGCUUCCUCGACAUCUACACGUCGGUGCUAUUGGAUUCGCCGCGGCGUUCGGUGGCAGUGGCGCGGCUAUCCUACCGUUUGCAGUUGGAGCGAUUGCACAGGCAAAGGGUGUAGAGGUGUUGCAGCCUAUUAUCCUCGCCUUUCUCGGUGCCAUCUUCCUUCUAUGGCUCGGUCUACCGGCGAUAGAUAAGAAGAAGGAGUAA